AUGACGGCCAUACAGGACCUCCGGGUCCAUGCGCCUGUUAUUAUUGCCGAAGCUGUGUGUCUCAUUGUAUUUUGUUCUUUCAUGGUCGGUCUGCGGUUUUAUGCGCGCUGGCUCAAGGGGUCCCGGCUUGGAAUGGAUGAUUUGGCGAUUGCACUGGCGCUGCUUUUUGUUAUCGCCAUGGCUAUUACCAUUCUCAUCGAAACUGGCAUGAAAGGAUUUGGCUACUCCGCUGCAGUCGGCGACACAGGACCAAACCACCCAGAUGCCAACGUGGCCGGCUGGCCCACCGAACUCCUCCAAGUCCCCGCGCUCGGCUGCAUAAAACUCAGCUUUUUAUUUUUUUACCGCCGCGUCUUCAUCAAAUUUGUCGCGCGCGAGUUUAGCUUUGUGAAUCUGUUCAUGAUCGCGGCCGUCAGCGCGUGGACGAUUUGUUUUUUCUUCUUGUUGUUGUUUUUGUGCAAUACGGAUUUUGCGGCGUAUUGGACGAGUGGCACGACAGAGGCAGAGCGUUGUCUGCCUACAGGGAUGGUGCAUAUGGGCUAUGCGAUUUCGGAUGUGGUGACGGAUAUUAUUAUUAUUUUGAUGCCUGUGGGGGAGAUUUGGAAACUGCAUUUGCCUGUUCGCCGCAAGUUUGCCGUUAUGGGUGUGUUUGGGAUGGGUGCUAUAACCAUUGCCAUGUCCAUUGUCCGCAUGGUCAUCUACCAACGAGCGCUAUCCGUCCAAUUCGACCCAGAUGCAGAUGAAGAGUACCUCACAACCCUCACAACCUACUUCUCCAUGCUCGAAGCCGGGCUGGGCGUCAUGGCCGCCUGCCUGCCCGUACAGUACGGCCUCUUCAGGUCCGAAAAAGUCCAGAGCAUGAUCCGCAGCAUCCAUAGCCUGACCUCGCUGGGCUCGCGCGGCAGUGGUGGCAGCGGUAACAACAGUCGCACACGCAGCUUUUACACAGCGCAAUCGCGCGGACAGUCGCAGUCACAAAACUUGAAUACCGCAGGAGAGGUGUCAGAUGCGGGUGGAGAGCCGAUACCAGCAUCGGUAAGAAAUGGGUCGGAUGCUGGGACGAAUAGUCAUUUGGAGACACAGGGGAUUGUGGUGCCCAAAUCGUUUGGGACGGAGGAGCAUGCUGCCCAAAAUGUUUAA